UAUUCGGUUUAGGACGUGGUUCUGAGGGCGCUGUGGAGUGUAUGGACUAUAAGCAGAUGGCCUUACCGUUGAAGGCUCUAUCUCCGACAAUGUGGACAUCAACCUGGGAUAUAUAAUUUUCUGUGACUAUUUCCCAGUGACUUUUUACACACCAUACCAAGCAAGAGAGCUGUGAGGAAAGAGAGAACCCCUCCCCCCCUUCACCCUGAGAGUCUGUCUGUCUGCAGAGCAUCUUUCAUGCGUCUUCCUGUGUCUCAUUCCCACAUCAACAUGAACUGUGAGCCGGACUUUGAAGAAGGGGGCAUGAAUGUCACCCUCACACUACGACUCCUCAUGCAUGGAAAGGAAGUCGGCAGCAUCAUCGGAAAGAAAGGAGAGACAGUGAAGAGAAUACGAGAAGAGAGCAGUGCCCGUAUCAACAUCUCAGAGGGCUCGUGUCCAGAAAGGAUCAUCACCAUAACAGGACCUACAGACUGUGUCUUCAGAGCCUUCACUUUGAUCACACUCAAACUGGAAGAGGACCUUACAACUCUGGUAGCCAAUGGCACGGUCACCAGCAAGCCCCCCGUCACCCUGCGAUUGGUCAUUCCUGCCAGCCAAUGCGGCUCUCUCAUCGGGAAGGGCGGCUCCAAGAUCAAGGAGAUCAGAGAGACCACCGGGGCACAAGUACAGGUAGCUGGGGACCUUCUGCCCAACUCCACAGAGAGAGGAGUGACGAUAUCUGGGACCCAAGACGCUAUCAUCCAGUGUGUCAAACUGAUAUGCACUGUAAUUCUUGAGUCACCUCCGAAAGGGGCCACUAUUCCAUACCGACCCAGCCCCUCCCCAGGAACAGUCAUGAUGGCCGGGAACCAGGUGUUUGAGACGUCUGACUACGGAUCACACCCCCUCUUCCAUAUGGCCCAGGGAGGGCUGGAUUUACAACAAGUGUACGCUGUACAGAACCAAUAUGGCAUUCCACAUUCAGAGUUGGCCAAGCUUCACCAGUUGUCUAUGCAGCAGCAAGGCCUGGCCGCCCAGAUGAGCCAACAGCAAGCCAACUCUGUCAUGUCUGGAAUGGACUCCAAUUCCCAGACCUCAUCACAGGAACUGCUCAUUCCUAAUGACCUCAUCGGCUCCAUCAUCGGGCGUCAGGGCACCAAGAUCAAUGAGAUCCGCCAGGCGUCAGGGGCUCAGAUAAAGAUUGGUAGCCAGCUGGACAGCACCAGUGAUAGACAUGUCACCAUCACAGGGACCACCAUCUCUAUCAACCUGGCCCAAUACCUCAUCACCUCCUGUUUAGAGACCGCCAAAUCCACCGCCCAGUCUUCCUCCAUGUCGACCUCUGCUGACCACACCAUGGCCUACACCCAACCGUCCUCCCCCUCCCCCGCCUCCUCCUCCUCAGCCGCUGCCACCCUGGCUGCAAUGGGCUGCCCCGGCAUGUCCCACCACAACCCCCACGCUGCAGUCCCCAUGAUGGGCAACCCCUAUGGGGCCCUCUCCCUCUCCAGCCUCCUCGGAAUGCAAUCCAUGAAAUCCCUCCAAUCCAUGCCCUACCUGGCUUUAUCCAACCCUGCCGCCAACGCAGCAGCCGCUCAGGCUCAGGCUCAGGCUCAGGCUCAGAUCUACACGGCGAAGAUCUCUUCCGUCAACGGGAUCGGGAAGAAACCAGAGAGACAGAAGUUUGCGCCGUACUGAUGACGACCGUCUCCAUCCCUCCAUCUAUCCCUCCGUCCCUCUCUCCUCCGUCCCCCGAGACAAAGGGGGGGCGGGGGGGUGGGUAAGAAUGGAGGGAAGAAAAAUAGCCGUUUUUUUUUUGUUCUCCUCCACUCUCGUUCUUCUUGCCUGGUGAUGCAGCUGUGUAGGACAUUUAACAGACUAUCGAUUUUAUUUUGUUUUGUAGCUUUUUUGUCCCUCAUAUUACUGAAACACUAGGAGGAACUUUGGAUUGGCUCGGCUAUAUUUAUGUUGUCAGGCCAAGGAAACCUAUCAAGCCAUAGGCUGUGUAUCCCCAAAUGGCACCCUAUUCCCUUUAUAGUGUACUACUUUUGUCCAGAGCUCAUAGGGCUCUAGGGACCAUAGAGCUCUGGUCAAAAGUAGUGCACUAUAUAGGGAAUAGGGUGCCAUUUGGAACGCACACAUAGACUAUUCCUAACUUCCAUUUGUAUCUUCCUCUAACUUUCCCUUCCUUUCGUUCUACUGUACUGCUGUUAUUGAUAAUUGACUUAUUGAUUUAUUAUUGAUAAUAAUGAAAUAUUCCCACUAAGAGUUUAUAAAUUCAAACACUGGUGACUGAUGCUCGACUGUACGUGCGUAUCAGCUUUUAUACAGUACAUGAUGUCUGUUUAGGUUUCUUCCUUUCUUUCCUGUUUAGGUUUCUUCCUGUAUACAACUACAACAAUUUUUGAAGAACGGUGUAAAAAAAAAAAAAGUUUU